UGAAGCGUCCAGUCGUGCCGUGGGCCUUGCGCCUGCGCCAUGCCGAGCUAUGACCCUUAGCCGGGAAUCCCCGCGCGCAGACAUGCGCGGAGGUUGGCCAGGCGUUUUCGCCCCGGUGCAGCUGCUUUGGGGCAACUGGCUGGUGGUUACUUUGGCGUGGUAUGCCUGCGCGGUCUUCACGGCUGCUGCCAUAAAGCAAUCCAGCCAUCGAAACAUGCUGUCGGUGUUCGCCAACUUGGUGAUAGGCUGGCCGCUGGUUGCACCAUUUGCAGCCAUAGGUGGCUGCCAUCGCCUAGCCCUCCACUGGCGCAAAGUGCUGCUCAUCGCGAUCUUGGCCGGGCUGGAGAAGAAUUUGACGAACUCCUCGUUGUCGCACAUUGGCGGUGCCUUAAAGACGGCGCUGCAUGGCCUGAACGUGGUCUUCACCUUCUUUGUGGCAGCCUUUGCCGGAGCAGAUGACCGCUCCAAAUUCUGCAUCCUAGGAUGUCAGUGCCGAGGAAACCUGCUCCUGGCGCUGAGUGUGGUCCUUGUGGCAUCGGGCAGCGUCAUCAUGGCGAUUUUCCAGGAUGACCAGGAGGGAGCGUGGAACAGCGGCAUGGACGGUGUCUUGCUGCAGUUGGGCUCCGGGAUGGCAUAUGCCCUGAAGUUCACUGCCAUCAAACUGUUGCUUGGUGGCAGCGAGAGUGAGUCGAUCCAAAACGCGCAGCGGCCACCAUCGAAGGCCCAAGUGGCUUUCCUUUGCAAUCCAGUCACAGGGCUCAUGAGCCUGGCAUUAGUGCCGCUUGGCAAGGACUGGACUCUGCCCCCUUUUGGUCUCUCACUUGCUGUGGCUGCUAGCGCCACGGGAAUCCUGGUGUUUCAGCUGCAGUUGACACAGUUAACCUCGCCGUUGACUGUUGCAGUGCUGGCCAUUUUCCACGACGUAGCCAUAGCCAGCGCCCAGGUGCACUGGAUGAGUUUGCGCAUUGGUGUUGCGCAGGUGCUGUGGUUCUUGUGUGCUGAUGGAGAAACGUUUUCGCAGGCACAGCAGUUUGGCUACGCAGUUUCAGCCGUUGGCGCUGUCAUUUACAGCUGCGCGAAGCUUCGCUAUUCCAGCUUGGCUCCAGAGGACAACCAGUCCGACAUCGACUCGCAAGUGGAGCAAAGCUUCACAAUGACGCCGCUCAGUGUCAGGCUCCACUAGGAAGGAACGCUCCAAGGGGGGGUAAUCCUUCAGCUCUUCCAAC